AUGCAAACCAGGGAGGAAGAGGUGAGCUGGGAGAAUUUCAAGAAGAGAUUUCUGGAAAAUUAUUUUCUGGACAGUGCUAAGCAUGAGAGGGAGGCUGAGUUCUUGACCUUGCAGCAGGGUAAUAUGACUGUGCAAGGUUAUGUUAACAGAUUCGAGUAUCUGGCAAGGUUUUACACACAGAAUAUCAUAGAGGAAUGGCGUUGUCGGAAGUUUGAGAGGGGUCUGCGACAUGAGCUGCUCAGGGUUCUAGUACCACUCAAGAUCCCAGAAUUUUCUCUUUUAGUGGAGCAGGCGAGGAGUGUGGAACAGUUGGAGAUGGGGCUUAGCCGAGUAGCCAGGCCGUGCCCUAAUAAAAACACAGUCGUAGAGCAACGACCACAGUUGCCUUCUAUCGAGAGGCCAAGAGCUGCGGGAAGGGUAUUCGCUCUGACCAGCGUCGAGGCAAACCGAUCAGGGAGAUUGGGAUUAGAGGUUUGUGAUUUCGGGUGCGAGCUAGUGGUCUCAACACCGACGUCUAGGCAAGUUACAACAAAUUCUAGUUGUGAUGGAUGCUCGAUCGAAGUGGCGGGCCGUAGGUUCAAAGUGAACCUCAUCUGCUUGCCGUUGGAGGACGUGGAUGUGAUAUUGAGGAUGGACUGGCUGUCCAAUCACAAUGUGGUAAUGGAUUAUGGACGGCGUAGAUUGAUAUUCCCAAAAACUGAAGGAGUAAAAUUGAUUUCAUCCCAAGAAGUUAUGAAAGAACUGAGGGAGGGAGCUACUUGUUUCAUGAUGAUAGCUCAGUCAGAGAAAAAGGGUAGUGAAGAGCAGAUACAUGACAUACCUGUGGUGGCUAAAUUUGCAGAUGUAUUUCUUGACGAAGUUCUUGGAUUACCCCCAAGCAGGGAUGUGGAUUUCACUAUCGACCUCAUCCCUAGAGCAGGUCCAGUGUCGGUUGCUCCUUAUAGAAUGGCACCAGUUGAAUUAACAGAACUCAAAAAGUAG